AUGGAGAGUGCCAUUGAUUCAGAAUUCCAACAUGAGAUAUGUGAAUCUGGUUUGGAUAAUAUUGACAGACAAGCUGCGAAUGGAGAACUAGAUGAUGAUGGGAAACCCAAAAGAACUGGGACUGUUUGGACUGCAAGUGCACAUAUAAUUACAGCUGUGAUAAGCACUGGGAUUCUCUCACUGGCCUGGAGUGUGGCACAACUCGGAUGGAUUUUCGGCAUAAGCAUUGUCUUAAUUUUUGCAGCGAUUACAUUAUAUACUGCCAAUCUUUUAGCAGAUUGUUACAGGUGCCCAGACCCGGUUAUUGGGAAGCGAAAUUACACAUACAUGGAGGCUGUCCAAAACAUCUUAGGUGGAGAAAUGUACAUGGCUUGUGGGUUGGUCCAAAAUAUGAGCCUCAUUGGAAUUUUGAUCGGCUAUACCAUAACAACAUCUACAAGCAUGGUGGCUAUACAUAAAUCACAUUGCUUCCACAAAAGAGGCCAUAAAGCUCCAUGCAAGUUUUCCAACAAUCCAUACAUGAUUGCAUUGGGGAUUUUUGAGAUUUUAUUGUCUCAAAUCCCAAACUUUCAUGAAUUGUCAUGGCUGUCCAGUGUGGCAGCAAUUAUGUCUUUCGGUUAUGCGAGUAUAGGGAUUGGACUUUCCUUUGCAAGGGUCAUCUCGGGGCCCAGGGGGAGAGCCACUAUGACUGGAGUGGAAGUAGGGGUUGAUAUAUCUCAAGCAGAAAAAAUUUGGAGGGCGUGCACAGCAUUGGGAAACAUUGCACUUGCUUGCGCUUAUACUUUUAUUGCAAUCGAUGUUCAAGACACGUUAAAGUCAUCACCGCCUGAAAAUAAAGUGAUGAAGAAGGCCAACAAAAUAGCUAUCUCGACCAUGACAGUAUUCUUCCUCAUGUGCGGUUGCCUUGGCUAUGCUGCAUUUGGGAACGAGGCACGGGGCAACAUGCUGACUGGCUUUGGGUUUUACGAGCCCUUCUGGUUGAUAGACUUGGGCAAUAUCAUGAUUGUGGUGCACCUAUUGGGAUCAUAUCAGGUAAUUGGGCAACCAGUCUUCCGCAUGUUAGAAUUAUGGGCUAGCAUGAGGUGGCCUAACUCAAAGUUCGUAUCUGUGGAGUACCCAUUAAACAUUGGCAAAAUAAGAUUUAGUAUCAACUUCUUAAGGCUAAUUUGGAGAACAAUUUUUGUGGUGAUAAUAACAGUUCUUGCCAUGGCUAUGCCCUUUUUCAAUGAGAUGCUUUCACUUCUUGGAGCCAUUGCGUUCUGGCCAGUUGCGGUCUAUUUCCCAGUGGAGAUGUACAUUGCUCAGAAAAAGAUUAGGAAACGAACAUUUCAGUGGUUCGGGCUUCAAAUCUUGAGCUUGUUUUGCUUUCUUGUUUCAUUGGCUGCAGCAUGUGGUGCCAUCCAAGGAUUAAAUAAGGGUCUUCAUGCUAGCAAGCCUUUCCAGUUCAAACAGUGAUUCAGAACCUAUAAGCAAUUAUGAUC